AUAGGGUUCCUCCUUGGUCUUUAGCUCAGCAGCCUCGAAUCCCGAGCCCAUGACACCCUUGUGGGCAGCUCGUCCCUGGACCAAUCACAGCCGCACACAUGAGCUGGAGUUCGUUCUGCUGGGCUUUGCACACGUGCCCUCCCUGCGCCCAAUGCUCGCAGUGCUCUUCCUGGCCAUCUUCCUGCUCACGCUGCUAGGCAACACGCUUAUCGUCCUGCUCACCAGCCUGGACCCAGGCCUGCGAGCGCCCAUGUACUUGUUCCUGCGCCAGCUGGCCCUGGUGGAGAUCUGCUUCUCACUGGACGUGGCGCCCCGUCUGCUGGUGACCCUGCUGCGACCUGGUCGCGGGAUGUACCCCAUAAGCUGUGCCCUGCAGCUGUUCUUCGUGCUGUCCUGUGUCACAUCUGAGUCCUUGCUCCUCACAGUCAUGGCCUGGGACCGCUUCCUGGCCAUUUGCAGGCCUCUGCACUAUGGUACCAUCAUGAGCUUGAGGCUGUGCCACCUGCUGGCCACCAGCUGCUGGCUCGCAGGAACUCCCGUGGGUCUGGUCUUCACCAUCUGGCUCUUCAACUUCCCCUUCUGUGGGUCUCGGGGCAUCCGGCACUACCUCUGUGACAUACCACCUCUGCUGAGCCUGGUGUGUGCAGACACCAGAGUCUUCGAGGCCAGUGUUUUCAUGAUCACUGUGGUACUUUUGAUUGUUCCUGUAUCUCUGAUAGUCACGUCCUAUACCAGGAUUCUGGUUACUGUCCUUCGGAUGCCGUCAGCCUCUGGGCGCCACAAGGCCCUGUCCACCUGUGCCUCCCACCUCGUCGUGGUAAUUCUGUUUUAUGGCACAGCGGGGGUCAUCCACUUGUGCCCCAACUCCAGCUACUCCCCUGAGAACAAGCAAGUGGUGUCCCUGUCCUACACCAUGUUGACCCCCAUGCUCAACCCCCUCAUCUACAGCCUGCGGAACAAGGAGGUCAAGGCUGCCUUAGUUCGUGUCUUCAUUCAAAGACGAGGUACCUUUACCCCCUGACCUCUCUAUAUGACUUCAUUUACCCGAUUCCUUGGGGAGCGUUUCUAACUUAGUGGUCUUGAGGACAUCAAUUCACAAGUACGUUAAAUCCUUUCUUCAAGACUCUAUUGCCGGGAUGGCCAUGUUUGUUGUGUGGAUGACGUCACAAUUCUCUAAUGGCCCCUUGACCACAGCCAAAUUUUCAACUUGCCUCAUGGAUUCAGUAGGUAACAUUCUGUUUCCCCACUGAUGUAGCAGCUGGAACAGAGUUCAAAAGCACAGUGAUGGCAUCUUUCCCAUGCACGCAGAACUUCCAACUGUAGCAAGGAAAAAGCAAAUUUCAGAAAGGAAACGUUAAAUUUGAAUCUCAUCUAAAUCAACUGAUUUAUGGUAUGUUGUGAUUUGAGUAUGAAAUUUGCUCCACAUGCUUAUGUGUUUCAACUCAUGGUCCCCCCAUGGUGGGUGCUGUUUUAGAGGUAGGAGAAUCUUUAGGGGGUGGAGUCUGGAUGGAGGACAUGGGUCACUGAGAGUCAACCUUAAUGCUUCAUAGCCGCCGGGUCCCCCUUACUGUUUGCUUCCUGACUGCUGACACAAUGUUUCAUAAUUCCUGCGCCCUACUGCUUCUCUGCACACGGGGAACUGAACCCUCAAAUGGAGGGCCAAUCAGUCCUGAAGAACACGUGUUACUCUUGCAGAAGCCUGGUGUUCAAUUCCCAACACCCACCUCUUGGAUCUCACUGCCUGUAACUCCAGUUUUAGGGGGAUGUGACGCCCUCUUCUGGCCUCCAUGGACACUGCAUACACAUGGUGAACAUGCCUGCUCUCUG